GCCAGCCUGGUAGCGCGUUCAUUCCUUGAAUAAUGAAGUUUAAUACAUAGUUACGGCAUGUGCACUCAGGGCUGACCCGAGAUUCCUCGGGGAAUCGUCGGUGUAUCGCUACGCUCCGUGAAUUUAACUAAUCUUAGGGUGCGACCAUUGCGGAUAUCAAGACUGGUGCUGAUCGGUGUCUAGUUGCUUAUACUAAAUCCUAGGACAUCAACAAUCCUAUCUCCACCUUGCACAAUUCACACUUAGCCAAUAUCCUACAUUAUCUGAGAAGAAAAACUUACAAAGAUAAAGCGCCGUGGAAUCACCUCUCGCCAGAUUCGGCGAGAUAAAUUCAAUUGGGCCUUCUCAUGACGUCGCAGAAGCAUACAUAUGCGCAGGGACUUCCACCGUCACGGGGAAGAAUAAAAUCUUACUCUUCGAAGAGUACUGAACGAAGAUCGCAGACCUUCGAGUGGCCCAUCGUGAGCCAGCCACUAUGGUGAUCCGACCACUUCGAUUGGUCACUGUAUCAGCAUUAGGGAAGACCAUACGGAGCACAGUGGUACUUUUGCUCGAGACAGCCAGUUUAAAUCUAUACCUAUUCCUAGGUGAACUUGAGCUUGAGCGAGAUAAGAGGCACUCAGGUAGACUGAGAUCCUACUCGACUCUCCUGAUAUUGGCGCUAUCUUCAUUUACCCACCUUUGCUAUGGUUGGUUACUGCUCAACUUCAUUGCAUGGUGCUUACUAACGACCAUAACCGAAGGUUUUGUUGCAAAGGGAGAUUCUUCUGCCUCCAGCACAGUCAACCUUGAAGGCUUUACAGGUACGGUGCUUGGGUUUUUUUGCCAUAGAGGAAGACUCCUCUCACUGUAAUCUCAGUCCCGAGGUCCGGCCUCUCCUGGAAGUUUGCCAGGCACUUAGGGAAAAGGGAUUUGAGGAAAAUGACAUUGUUCAGCUCGCCGACAAUGAAUUGUUAGACGACUGUGUCCGACACAUUUCGAAUUGUCUCACGGAUAAUAGCUUAUUCCUCUUGUCGCUCCUUACUUGGCACUUUGACUCGUCGAUUGACCAUUUGUCGCCAGUGCCAACGCCUUCCCGAGGGAUCUUGCAAUUCUUCGCGCAAACCUCGGACAAUUAUGAAGCCGAGUUCGAGACUCUUCAAGUCCAGUACAAUCAGCGAGUAGGGCAGAGGAUAAGGUUGGAAGACUUUAAGGGUAAAUUUAUGGCCUUGGUACACUUGCUCGAAUCCAUGUUUCAGAAUGUAUGGACGUCCAUAUAAUACUCCGUGGCAAAAACUUAUAUUCCCACCGUCCUUGGUUUUUUCUUUCUUUUCUUUUCUCUCUUUUUUUUUUGGGGGGGGGGUACUGUAUACCGGAUUUCUCAUAAACAUAAAAUCAUUAUUCUGUCAAAUGUACGGUAAUUCCUUUCGCAAUCGUUGGAACAGAACAUAUGGGAUAAUUAAUAAAAGACGGCUCAAGAUGGGCGGUAAUCCAGCUAGUGGAAGAGCUCUUCGAAUGGUGAUAACAGCCCAAGGCCCCGGGGCAAAAGUCUUCAAAAAUGUUCGAAAUCUGUGAGGCAAGGCAAG